AUGAGAGAUUCGAAUUCAAGACUUCGAGUGAUAAACCUAAGAGUUUCUAUCAAAUCAUUCAGUUAUUCAAAGGACCUCCCAACAAACCUCAUUACCAUCCAGCAAGUUCACUCUCAUUUACUCACCACUAACUCUCUACUGCUCAACUCUACACUCCUCUUCAAUACUCUUCUUCGUUGCUACUCACUCUCUGACUCUCCUCAACAUGCUUUCUUGCUCUACAAGCAACUUCAACAAAUUUACGUACAUUCUAACCAUUCAUGCCCACCUUUAUUUGAUAGCUUUACUUACUUUUCCCUUAUCAAAACUUGCCUCAUUUUAAGCUUUCCAAACAUGGGUAUGCAGCUUCAUGCUGUUAUAAUUAAAGUGGGUUUUGAAUCUCAUGUUUAUGUGAACACUGCUUUGGUUAACAUGUAUGUUUCAUUAGGGUUUUUAGUGGCUGGUACUAAACUGUUCGAUGAAAUGCCUGAAAGAAAUAUAGUUACUUGGAAUGUAAUGAUCACUGGUUUAAUAAAAUGGGGUGAGCUGGAGUUUGCGCGUUCGCUCUUUGAAGAGAUGCCUAGCAGGAGUGUUGUGUCAUGGACUGGGAUUAUAGAUGGGUACACUAGGAUGAAUCGGCCUAGGGAGGCUUUUGCUUUGUUUCGAAGAAUGGUUGAGUGGGAAUAUAUUGAACCUAGUGAGAUAACUAUUUUGGCUAUUUUACCGGCUGUUUGGCAAAAUGGGGAUGUUAAGAGUUGUCAAUUGGUUCAUGGGUAUGGAGAGAAAAGAGGGUUUCUUGCGUUCGACAUACGUGUUGCAAAUUGUUUAAUAGAUACUUAUGCCAAAUGUGGAUGCAUAGCGAGUGCGUCAAGAUUCUUUGAGGAGAUAGCUGCUGAGAGGAAAAAUUUGGUGUCGUGGACAUCUAUAAUAUCUGCAUUUGCAAUGCAUGGGAUGGGGAAAGAAGCGGUAACAAAUUUUGAGAGGAUGGAGAAAAUUGGUUUGAAGCCAAAUAGAGUGACGUACUUGAGUGUUUUGAGUGCUUGUAGUCAUGGAGGAUUAGUUGAGGAGGGGCUCAAGUUUUUUUAUAAGAUGGUUAAGGAGUGCCAAGUUUUGCCAGACAUUAAGCACUAUGGGUGCUUAGUAGACAUGUUGGGAAGGGCGGGGAGGUUAGAGGAAGCGGAGAAGAUUGCUUUGGAGAUACCUAGUGAGAUUGCUAAUGUGAUAAUUUGGAGGACCCUUUUAGGUUCUUGUAGCUUCCAUGGUAAUGCUGAGAUGGGUGAGAGGGUGACAAGGAAGAUAUUGGAGAUGGAGAGAGGAUAUGGAGGGGAUUAUGUGCUUAUGUAUAAUAUCCUUGCUGGGGUUGGAAGAUUUGGGGAUGCAGAGAGGUUGAGAAGAGUGAUGGAUGAGAGGAAUGCCUUCAAACUUCCUGGGCAUAGCAUGAUAUAACUGAUGGUCUCUUGUUCCCGCUGUGUUCUUAGCGUGCGAGAUCAUUA